AUGGCUCACGACACCCCCGCUCAGACGGAUGGCGAUGGCCUGCCUCCUGGUACCACCAGACUUAUCGACGUAGAUGGCUCAGUCAUCAGCAAACAUGCUUCCGGAUCCGAUGAGGCGGACAUCAUUCUAAUUCCCCGCCCGUCGGAAUAUCCCGAGGAUCCGUUGAACUGGACCAAGAAGCGAAAAUGGCUUGCGACAUCUUGCGUCUUGGUUUACACCGUCAUGAUAGCGAUUCCGAGUAGUGCUGUCUAUUCUGUCGUCACCCCCAUCAGAAAAGCAACUGGAUUGUCGCUUUCAGAUAUCAACAAUGGCACGGGAAUCAUGUUCCUGUUCUAUGGCUGGGGUUGUCUGAUCUGGCAACCGUUUGCGCUGCAGUACGGCAAGCGACCAGCGUAUCUGGCGUCUCUUAUCGCCAACAUUAUCAUCCUUGCUACCGCCCCGAUGUGCACCACGAAACACACAUAUCUGGCUAAUCGCAUCCUGCUUGGGCUUUUUGGGGCCCCGGUUGAAUCUUGGUUCGCGCACCAGCGCCCUAAAUACCUUGCACUCUACGGGUGGGGUCUUUCAAUGACGGGCAAGCUUGCUCCAAUGCUUUCGGGCUUCAUCAACGUGGGCAUGGGUUGGAAAUGGACUCUCUGGUGGUGUUCUAUAUUCAACGGCAUUGCUCUCGUCUACUGCUUCCUUUUCAUGGAGGAGACCAACUAUGAUCGUCCCGCGCGGCCUGUCGAAGACAGCACAUCCACAGGUCAUGCAACCGGAGUUCGAGAGCAGCACAACGGGAGCGAUGCGGACGAGAAACGGACCCUUCCACCUACCUAUACCCACUGA